UUCUCAUCAAGAAGAAGAAUGUGAAGACAGCCAGGGUUUCCAAGAAGAGUCCAAGCACAACAUGCAAAAGAAAAUCGAAAGUACAGAAGAAAUUAUUUUGGAACACAUUGACAAUGAUAAGCUAAUUCAGACUCCUAAUAAUGAGACUGAAGAGAUUACAAACCUAGACUUUGAUAUCAGAGGGAACGUAUACCUAUGCAUAUUUUUGGCAGGGGUGUCUAAGAACAAACAGAAUAUCUUCAAGACAACAAUAAUUAACAAUAGAAUUGACUUUGAUGAUUUUAUAACCAUUGAGGAAGAUCAAAAAUUCUUCGAGUUGCUUACUACGGAUCCCGUUAUAAUCUUAAAAUCAAUUGAAUAUACUAUCGAUACCCAAAUGAUAACAGUUCUUGAACACAUAAUUGAUGAAUCCACUGCAAAUUACUUAGACAUGCACAUCAAAGAUGAUGCCAUCAAGAAGCUCAUUUGAACUUCAAAUGAUAACACCAACAAGCUGAUUCUUCGAAGAUUAUGAGGAAGAUACAUCACCUUACUUCAGUCAACAGAAAACUUCGAAGAUUUACAAGAAGAGGAAAAAGACUCAAGUAUAGUUUCAGCAGAAUCAGUAGACGUCUCAAUAAUGAACAAAGACCAUGCAGAACUCAAAAAUCCGAAAGAUCUGAUGCCAUUUUCAAAUCUGACUAAAGGGUUGAGUGAUAGAGGGCCUGGCCAAAGUAAAACCAAGGAUGAUUCUGAAUCUGCAGAGUUUCCUCUAGUCAAAAGUAGAGUCACUUUGAAGAUGGAGAAAAUGGUUAGCAACAGCCCCAAAAAGACUUCUGCCAAGAUUGCCAGGAUGGAUUUUUAUUCAAAAUUUUUGGAAAAAUCAGACAUAAUCUCUAUAGCUAUUGAUCUCUUAGGCCAUGAAGAUGUCUUCGAACUUAUUCAUGUGCUUUAUGACGAUCUUACUGAGCCAAUACCUUCCAACUAUAGACUAUUUAAACUUCUUGUGCAAACAGAGCAUAUGAAUUUAUUCGAAUUAUGAUUGAAAAAGUGCCUCCAUCCAAAAAGGUACUCUUCAUACAUAUUUGAAGACAUCAAGUCUAAGGUGCAGAGACAAAGAUCCACAAUUUUAGAGAAAACAAACAGAUCUCAAAGGUUAGAUGAAGAACAAGAGUAUAUGAUUAAAUCCAAAGGAAACAGAUAUGACGUUCAAGAAAUAGUGUCUGACUGAUUCUCAAAUGCUAUAAUAAUGAAUAAAAUGCAUAUAGCUUUCUACCUUUAUAGAGAAUAUCAAAAUGCAGUUCUAGGAAAUGUUCAAAUAUCGAUAGAUUCUAUUAUUUAUGCCUUCAAGAUCGACUACCAGAACAAUAAUAAGAUAAACAAUUGAGAAGAGAGAUUCUUUAUUUUAGACAAAUUCUUGCCUUACAUUGACUAUAAGAAAGCUUUUGAACUGAUUGAAACAUUUAAGAGUCUAUUAUAUGAAGAGCCGGAAGCAAACUUUCUUACUUACUCUCUUAAUCCACUGAAGAUUGUGAUCAUAAUGAUGUCUUUAAUUAGACAAAUCAAGGAGACAUACCCAUUGCUCAACUUCCAAGUUGAUGAUCUCAAUAAAAAUUUGGAAAAUGUUGGAAAUCUCAUUAUUAGAAAUUCUAAAAGUGUAGAGGAUGUGCAGGACUUACUCCUCGACAAGCUCUAUAAUGGAAUAGAGAUCAUUGACAUGGCUGCUUAUCUAAAUUGAGUGCCUAUUCUCCAAAAUCCAGUAGUUGACGUCAUAAUUUCAAACAUGUACUACGGCCCUUACCAGAGAGGAUCUUUCUUAAAAGAUAGUAUGCCUGUCCAGGUUAUUCAAAAUGAAAUGAGCUUUUUCCCCGGAAAGGAUACAACUGCAGCCUCAAAAAUGACUAUUUUUGCAUUCAGACAGGGAAAAAGAACUAAGAAGAAGAAAUCUAAAAAUGUAUAUGAAUAUGACAGCGAUGAGAGUGAUGAUUCUGCCCAACGACUAGAGAUAAAAGCUAAUGAAGCAAGCGAUAAAACAAAGAGAGUUUACUUAGGCCAUUUAUUUCAAUUUGUAGUUUGGAAGAAAUCCCUAGACGUAAAAUAUACAUUCAACGCUGUAAUUGCCUUCAUGUUAGCAGUAAUAAUGCAGGUUUAUUCUGUGCUCCUAAUUAGACAAAUCAAAGAUGCAAAUUCAAUCGAUGAACAGAUUACCGAAACAACUGCCAACACUACUCUUGGAACAAAAGAGAAAAAUCAGCUUUUGGAUCAGUAUGCUGACGAUCUUGAUGCUUCUACUGCUAUUUACUACGAAUACAUUACAUUGCUGCUUGUGAUUCAUAUUCUAACAAUAGCAUAUUUGUUCCAAGACUUCCAAGAAAUAAUUUACUCUAGACUGAGAGGAGUCUAUACAAAAGUGAUAUCGCUGUCUCUUAUUUUAAACAUCUUGACUUCACUGCUGGUGCUCUAUUGGCUCUAUAAGUACUUAUACGAAUACACUGUCGAUCUGGCUGAUAUUGACUCUAGAAGAAAAGUAAAAACUAUUAUUGAUAGAAUUAACAGUGAUAGAUACUUUGACCUUGAGUUGUCCAUUGCCUUCCUGACAAGUAUCCAGUAUGCAAGAAUGAUUUUUGCUCUUCAAAUGAGUCGAACAUUCGGACCGAUGGUGAAGACACUUGGGAAAAUGCUUGUUGAUUUGUCACUAUUCAUCUUCAUGUAUCUCUUGGUUUUCUUGAUUUUCACCUGUGCUUCUCAGUUGAUGUUCCAUACUAUUGAUGGAUAUGAUAGUUUUGUAAAUUGCUCAUUAACUCUAUUCGGAGCAAGUCUUGGUGAUUUUGAUUUCUCUGUAUUUGACAAUGAGACUAACUUUACUAAGAAUAUUGGAUAUAUUUUCCUCUUGACAUAUUUAGUUGUCUCAACAAUCACCCUGCUAAAUUUCUUGAUUGCUAUUCUUUCGAAUACAUACACUAUUAUUUGGGAGAACAAGAAUGCUCUAUAUCUUAGAGAAGUGGUUUAUCUGAGGCAGAGAUAUUGCUACAAUCCAAAAUAUUCCUCAAUUGUAUCAGCAUUUGUUCCUUUAAACAUCUUUGCAUUAGUAAUGGACCCAUUCAUCAUCUGUCUGAAAUCAAAGAAGCUCAACUAUGCUUGCCUAUUAUUUGAGUAUAUUAUCCUAGCUCUUCUUUCUAUUGUUAUCUUUGUUGCAGUUAGCGUAUUCCUACUGCCUAUAUCAUAUGCAAUUUUGAUUCUUAACAAGCUAAAAUAUUGAUUCAAAAAGCCAUUCUUUGGUAAAUCAGAUUUCUUGUACAGAGUUCUAGACCUCAUUGUGAUAGUAUUCAUUGGAUUUUUCUGGCUUCUCAUCCUUCUUGUGUGGAAUACAGCUACAUACACUUUUAAACUGUUCUCUGAAAACAUCAAACUUAUUGAAGAGAACGAGGAAGAGAAAAUAGCUCAUAUAAAUGCCCUCAAAGAUGGUAGUAUUGACUACUCCAAGUUCAAUCAAAUGUAUGGAGAACCAGUGGGAGGACUAAACACUCAAGGUGAUAAUCAGCAAAGAAAUCCAGUCAAUCAAAGCACAACUGGAGCUAACGUUGGAAAUCCGAUAAAAGAAGGGAUAAGCCUUACCACACUCAAACUUCUAAAAAUGACUCUGGUGAUAAUGAGAGACGAUUACCUGAAGAAAUCAAAGAAGGAACACACCACAAUAAUUCAGGUUCCAGUUGAACUAGUUAUCAAAGAAAUGUAUAAGCACUUAUGCAUUCAGGAGCACAUCAACCAAGUCUGUUUAGGAAUUCACUAUGAGAAAGAUCUCAGCUUCUUCGACUCUAAAAGAUUCAAGAGAAUAGUUGAUGGAUUUAGCUUUUAUGAAGAAAGAGAGACUAAGAUACCAAUAGAACAUACUAGCUUAAAAAGAAUAGCUAAAGGUAUUCAUAUGCAGUCAAUGAUUAAAAAGAAAAAUGAUAUCAGAGCUUUAUUUUGGAGAAACAAGCUUAAGAAUUUCCUAAUAAAAAGUGAUGAAAAAUGGAUUUUAGACCAAUAUAACCAAAUCAAAAGAUUUUGUAUCGAUAACUCUGUUGAGGCAGUCCCAACGUGAUAUUCCAUUGACAAUCUCAAAAUGAUUCCAAACAAAUCGGGAGGAAUUCUAAAAUCUCAGAAUUCCAGUAUAAGGACAGCUGCAGGAUCAUCCAAAAAUUACGAAUACAUUGAAAAAAGAACUGGAUCAGGAUCAGUAGAAUUAAAAAUAUUGGAAGAUGAUGAUAUUACCACAUCCAGAAGAUAUAGAUAUUCUGAACCUCUCAGGCAGAAAUGAACCACAAUUGAUAUUUGCUCUCUCCUGGACACCUUUAUUGAAAUAGAAAAGAAUCAUGAAAUGCGAAAAAUUCUUACUGCUAAAACUGUGGAUUGUGAUAAACUAAGAUAUCUAGGAGAGAGAUCAGUAAUCAACGAAGAAGACGAAUUUGACAGCUUCAUAGAAGGAACGAAUAUCCCAAAAUCCUUCCUGAUAAAGCAGAGUUCUAUGAUCAACUUCAAGAGAAACUACGAUUCAUUGGUAGAAGGGAUAGAGGGCGCCGAUUAACUUGUUUUGUAAUAUGAUUCCUUGAAG